UCUGAUGUAUCAUCAGAUAAAUACCGUUCAAGAUUACCAACAUUAGUUGAAAUUGCAACAAAAAAAUGUAUUCAGAACGUUUCAAGAUUAAGUGAUGUUGGAACAACUCCAUUUCAUUUGGUUAAGCCGAUAUUGAAGAAAAUGAAUGCAAAACAAUUGGAUCUAGUUGAAGUGACAAGUCCAACAAUAAUCCCAGAAUCAGACUGUUUAUGGAUAGAAUUGAUUGGGAAAGAUUUCCCUGAUCGUCCAUUAUAUGAUAAGGCUACCAGUAUUAAUAAUACUAUAAUGCCAAAUAAAUCAUUAUAUUUCAAAUAUUCAAAAGAUCGAGAUAACUUUAGAAAAGAUUCGGCGGAAAGAUUAAGAAAUAUAACUGAAAAAUUAAAGCUACAAAAACUGGCAAAUUCAAUUGUUUCAGUUCCUGAAUUAUUGAAAGAUCCAACUGUACGAAGAAAUAGGGUUCCUAGUGGGUUUAGUAGACAAUAUUCAAAUCCCCAGAAAAAUUCAAUCUUGAAUAAGGCUAAAAGAGACAUACAACAUCGGUCAAUAAUGUUUAAAAAUUCAAAUCAACCGAUUAACAAAAGGUACGAUCCUUACGAUGCUUUUAAA